ACGUCUUUCAUUAAACUCUCCACUUACCGUGCGAGGGUGCGAACAAAGUCUUUCAGUUAGGAACCUUUUGCGAUUAGGCUGUGGUCGGUCCCCCCCCCCCUUUUUUUUUGUAUUUGCGUGUUUUCAGAUUUUUUCCAGCUUACUCCCCUUUCUCAAUAAGUAUUUUAGGAAAGCGACUCAGCGGGGGCUUAGCUACUGUAUUCUCAUAGGUAGCUAUCUUAACGAAGUCACAGCUGCUGACCUGCCUGCAGUCAAGCUGCACCGGUAGCUCGCCGAAAUAGUUUGCGCUGCCGUUUUCUUACUUGGAAAAGAAAAUCUCUGCUACCUCAGGUUCUUCUGAAACUCAAGUGACAUCUUGAUCGUCCGACUGGUCGGCAGGACGCACUUGGGGGGGGGCUUUCUUUUUUGUUGCUGAUAGCACCGUUUUCUUUUUUAUACUUUAGAGAGGAAACGGAUACAGUUUUCAUAGCUCGCUGACUGUGUGCACUUUGCGUGCAGCGAGCUGGGGUUUUGAGUAUUCAGAUCUCGCAGAAGUCGAGGCACAGAGUCGGCUAAAACCAGCAGAUCAAUGUCCAGGGGUACAGGGAAACGGAAAAAACAUGGGCUGAAGAUCCCAGAUGAAGCCUUCAAGCAGAAAGAGUCGAACCCAGUGCCUCUUCACAACCUGGACUCCAGGACCUUCAUCACCAUAGGUGACAAGAACUUCGAGGUGCAGGCCGAUGACCUUGUGUCUCUGUCGGAGCUGGGCCGGGGUGCCUACGGCGUGGUGGAAAAGGUGCGGCACGCGCAGAGCGGAACCAUCAUGGCGGUGAAGAGGAUAAGAGCCACGGUGAACAGUCAGGAGCAAAAGAGGCUACUGAUGGACCUGGACAUCUCCAUGCGAACAGUCGACUGCCUCUACACAGUCACCUUCUUUGGGGCCUUAUUCAGAGAGGGGGACGUGUGGAUAUGCAUGGAGCUGAUGGACACAUCACUGGAUAAAUUCUACAAAAAAGUGAUAGAGAAGGGGAAGAAGAUUCCUGAGGAUAUCCUGGGCAAGAUGGCCGUCUCAAUCGUCAAAGCCUUAGAGCAUUUGCACAGUAAGCUGUCUGUGAUCCAUAGAGAUGUGAAGCCCUCCAAUGUGCUGAUCAACAAGGAGGGUCACGUGAAGAUGUGUGAUUUCGGGAUUAGCGGGUACCUGGUGGACUCCGUGGCCAAGACGCUGGAUGCCGGCUGCAAGCCCUACAUGGCGCCAGAGAGGAUCAACCCAGAGCUGAGCCAGAAGGGGUACAAUGUGAAGUCAGACGUGUGGAGUUUGGGGAUUACGUUGAUCGAGCUGGCCGUCCUGCGCUUCCCCUACGAGUCGUGGGGAACGCCCUUCCAGCAGCUGAAACAGGUGGUGGAGGAGCCAUCGCCCCAGCUGCCUGCCGACCGCUUCUCCAGGGAGUUCGUGGACUUCACCAAUGGCUGUUUGAAGAAGAAUCCUGCAGACAGACUAAACUACCUUGAACUCAUGGAGCAUCUCUUCUUCAAAAUUCACGACUCCAAGGAAACAGAUGUCGCCUCUUUCGUGAAAGAGAUCCUGGACGACGGCCUCAACUGAACCUCUGCUGCUCUUUCUCGUUGAAAUGUGCAUAUUACCCUUCCUCCUUAUUUUUUUUUUGUUGGAAAGAUGUAAUUCUAUAGAAAAAAGCCGCAAACGAUUAGGAAAGUGUUGAAAUGGUCUCAAGGCAUUUUACAAUAUUUACUUAUAGACACCAGGACAUACGAAUACAGUUUAAUGUCACGGCAAUAUUCCUUUUUGGUCUUUUUGUUUUUGUUUACAGUUCAGGCCAACAGAAGGAUCUUUUUUCUCUUUUUGUUGUUGUUUUCCCCCCACAAGAAUUGCAGUGAUGUGGGUCCCUCCCUGUGUUGGCAAAAUCGCUCCUUGAGCUAUGAGGUAACGCGCCAGAGGCCUCUGCGGCAAAGUCGACUGCAUCAGCUGAGCUGCGCAAGCACAUCUGCACACACUCACAUGCGUGUAAAUAAACGCGGUUCCUCUGUGUCCGGCGACCGAGUGCCCUGCAGGGGGCGCCCUUCUGUGUGAUCUGGAAGUAUUGCAUUGAGUGUGUUGUUGAAUGUAUCCAAGAUGUCUGUAUAGGGUGGGUGUUUUUCUGAGACUUUAGGUGUUUAAUUUAUUUGAAUUUGUUCUUGUAUUUGGGUAAAAUGAGGGAAAAGAGCAUUAUGUUUAAGUUACACAGGGCUAUUUUUCUAGGAACUUAAAUGUGAGAUGUUCUUCAUGUAAGCAGAUAUUCUUUUUCUUCGGUGUGACGUUUUAAGCACUGUGUCACUGCUUGGACUGCUAUGGAAAGUGGUGAUUGAAUAGAAAUAGGGAAUCUCCAGAUUGAUUGCUAAGUUAGCACGAUACCAAAAAAAAUAACCCAAUACGGACUCUGUUCCCAGACACCGUGCCUGCAAACAAUCUCAUAGGAGAGCACAUGAUAGGUGACCAAUUCUAAGCGAAUCUUCGCUUAAGUCUUUUUUUUUUUUUUGUGUGGUCUGUAGGGGGCGCUGCUCUUCACGGCAUGGUUCAAGGAGCAUACGUUUAUGGAGGAAUACACUAAAUCAGUAUUUGCAUUAGUAGUAACUUUUCGACUUUGCUGACCCUUCUACAGACCCCACCUCAUCUCCCUUUUAUGAUUAAGUCACACAGUCGCAGGCCUGCCUUACUGAAAUGGAAAUUUAACCUCUGCUUUUAUAACCUAGUCCUCCUUCUUGUCCCCUUGAUAUUCGGCAUAAUGUUUUUAUAUAUACGUUUUUGGUGGUGUGACAUUCCCUUUGGAUGUCACGCCGCUAGUCUUCACCAUGAAUCUUCAUGCACAGUAAGGGCCGCUGGAGGCAUGCUGCAGCCUCAGAUCCGAGGCAGAGGCUCUCUGCCCAUGUCUCUGUGGAGGCCUGCCGCAUUGCCAAGAAGUUUCACUUUUGCCUUCAGUUUUUUGACCCCUGCCGAGCGUCCCUGAGGUGCUCUGCACAGACGUGCCUUUGUAGGCGCGGUGUUCCUGCUAGGCUCCACAGAAGGGGGUGCCGAGUAGGAGAGAAUGGCCUCCCAGAACCACAUGUACCUGAACUGCUACCUGACCCGGCCCAUCUCAGCCCUGGUGUCGGCAUAAACCACUGUCUGUCACGAUAAUGUGGGAGCUGGGGCCGGACCAUACUGGCCAUUUGGGGGGGGGGGGGAGCUACUGUAAAGAUUAGCUAAUUAGAUAAUGGAUUUUAAUUAGAUAAUCUAUAUAUUUAUGUACAAAAUAAGAAAUGACAAAUUAAUUUCAUGGAUUUGUCUUAAGUAUUGACAAAUAAAUUGGUUUCGAUGGA